CCCAUCCUACCGAACGCGGUCUCAUUCGUACGCUUCACCCAUCUCGCACCUGUUUCCAUUUGCAUAACGCUAAUCGUCAGGUGCAAACCUUUGGGAAGAUACCGAACUCGUCAUCUGUCGGUGUAGUUGGAGGUGUUUGGAGAUAUGAACGCGGCGGCACCGUCUGCUUCGUCUGGGGACCCUGGGGGCCGGAAGAGUAGUGUGGUGAUAAAAGUUGGCAUGGUUGGGGAUAGCCAGAUCGGAAAAACGAGCUUGAUGGUCAAAUAUGUUGAAGGGAGUUUUGAUGAGGAUUAUAUCCAGACGUUAGGUGUCAAUUUUAUGGAAAAAACCAUUUCGAUUCGGAAUACGGAGAUCACGUUUAGUAUCUGGGAUUUGGGUGGGCAACGCGAGUUUGUCAAUAUGCUUCCUCUCGUCUGUAACGAUGCCGUGGCCAUUCUCUUCAUGUUUGACUUGUCACGAAAGUCGACAUUGAAUAGCAUCAAGGAAUGGUAUCGACAGGCAAGGGGCUUUAAUAAGACGGCGAUUCCGUUUUUGGUUGGGACAAAGUAUGAUCAGUUUGUAACCUUCUCGAGAGAGGAGCAGGAGGAGAUUACCAAGCAGGCCCGACGAUUUGCAAAAGCAAUGAAAGCGCCCCUCAUAUUUUGCUCCACAUCACAUUCCAUUAACGUGCAAAAGAUAUUCAAGAUUGUGUUGGCAAAGGCUUUUGAUUUAAAGUGUACGAUACCGUGUAUCACCGAGGUGGGAGGCCCGAUUUUAGAGUAUUAGUACUGGGGAUUGUUUGUACAGAGGGUAGAGAUGCGUGUGGGUAUUUAAUUGGUUAUGAGGAGCAUUGUGUAAAUAUAAGAUGUGUGAAGACUGUGGGUUCUGCUACAAAUUGGAUCGCACCAUGAAACAAAACAUGCGGUAGGAAAUAGAAACAAGAAAGUGU